UGUAUUCUAGUUUCAUUUCACUAACUAUCUUGCGCAACAUUACAACAUUAACGCUGUAACCGAUGUCGUUGUAUUUAUUUUUGAAUACAAUUUUUAAAUGCUGAUGAGAACACCAGGAAUACGAAAGGGAUAUGGAGAUCGGUGAACCCGUCUGUCUCGCGACUGAUGCUCUGCAAGCACUCGAGAGGUUACAUCUUCACCUGAAGCAGAGUUACAAACACACAGAUGUAUUUCAGAAAUCUGUGAACACUUUAGAAAACCUCAGGGACAUUAAAGGUGCCCUGGAUGGAUCAGCCCAGAACUUUGACUCUCCCCAGAUCUGUGAGGAUUAUAUCCAGGAACUGAAACAGCAGGUGCUCAUGCAUGUUCCGUCCUCUGUAUCCACUGAAAACCAAGAAAAGUUCCAAGACCUCAUCAACAAAACAUUUGAAGGAUCAGAAGUUCUGUCUGCGGUCCUUCUCACUUGCCCCUGGUACCAGGCCAGCCAGGAUGAACGAGGGGAGCAGGCACGUCACAAUGUACUGUUUAUAGUAUAUCUGUCACAUGACCAUCAGUUCCUGGCUCCAGUUAAUCAACAUGUCUUAGACUGGAAAUUUGUUUUAGACAUGGGUUGGCUGUAUGCUGUAGAGUUGUACCACUUUGUGCAUUCCAUUGUGAAGGGGAAGACCAGGUGUGUAGAGGUGCUAUAUUGUCCAGACUCUGGUCAGCUGAUACAAACAAACCAAUGGAAACAGCUGAGAGAUCAGCUCAACUUCUCUAAAGUGACAAAACUCAGGGGAUAUGUAGAAGCAUGUAAAGGUCAGUCUGUCAGUGGUAUUGGAAAGAAGGGGAAAGAUGGCAAAUUUCGUCUGGUUGAGUCCACAACAUUCCAUCAGUUCUGUGACAGUUUCAGGUUGAUGAAUCAUUUGUUCAAUGUCACAGCUGAUUUACCGCCCUGUACAGAGGUCACGAAACUAACAAGUCUGCCUGACAUUGCUGUUAAAGGCAAGGAUCUCCUGUACAAACUUUAUAAGGACCCAGAUGUGUCAAAAAGAGAUAUUUUUGACAUACUUGUUCAGUGGAGAGACUUUGUUGUGGAGGAACUCAAACACCUCAAAUACACCAGUCCACAGGAAGUAGAAGAAAUUGUGGGUAAAUGGCAAUUAGAAAUCAGACUAAAAGGCAGACAUCUCACUUCACCAAGAGUUUUACCGGAUGAGCACUCUUCAUUAACAACACAGAUGCAGGAGAUUGGUGGACAGGUUACUAAGUUACAACCACAACAAAUCAUUCUGAUUGCUCAGGCUGGGAGUCACAUGUACGGCUUGUCCACACCUACCAGUGAUGUGGACUUUGUAGUCAUCUACUCAGAACCAUGCCAGAAUGUACUGGGAAGAUGUAAAGAAAUUAAGGAUAAUUUUGAAAGUAGGGGUCCCUCCAAACUUCUGGAGUAUGGUGCUCAUGAAGCUCGUCUGUUCUGUGAGAUGUUGUUGAAAGGAAGUGUUGUGAUUCUCGAGCUCUUAUUCGGGGAAAAUCACACCUACAUGAGUCCCCUGUGGAAGGAAUUAACGACUCACAGAAAGUGUUUUGUGACAGAAAAAGGAAUUCAACAAUAUCUAGGGUUGAUACAGAACAACUUCAAAAUGUUAGAGAAAGACAAAAAUGAAGGUGGCCCAAAGGACCGGAAGCUUCUUUAUCAGAUAUUUCAUAAAUCAGAUGGUGUGGAAAGAAUGAUGAAGGGUGAUAUUCCCAAUGUCAGGUGUUCCGGGGAUCUCAGGGAAUUCAUAAUGAACAUCAGGACAAAACCACUAGAGAAUGACUUUAGCAGAAAUGUCCUAGUCACAAAAGCAAAAGGAAAGAUAGAUGGACUUUUGAAAAGUUUAGCAGCAAGGGAAACAAGAAUGAAGGAAAACAUGGACUUCAGUGUGGUGACAGACUGGUUACUUCAAGUUCGCGGUCUGAAAUCAGUCUGAGGUGUAUGUCAAAUGGAGGUCUGAGGAUAUUUAUCAUUUCAAGUGAAUCAGCAUGGAAUACAAAAACACCAUAUCUGGAGAGGAAAGUAACAUUAUAUAGGGAGAAAGACUCAGAAUCUUAUUUUUAUUUAACAUCAAUAAACAUUCAUGAAAGGUGCUCAAUUUCCACGAUGCAUUUUCAACAAAAAAAUCAGUGAUGUUGGAGAAAAAUGUGAAGGAAAAAAGUAGGCAGGCUACUGUAAAAUGUUCCAAUAUGAACUUGAAUUUUACAACACUUGUGUCCUUAUUUGAUGCAUAUGUAGGAAGCAUUGCAAAUUACGGAUGUGAAGUGUGGGGUGCUCAUUCAGCUCCUGAUAUCGAAAAAGUUCACAUAGAUCUUUGUAAAAGUAUACUGGGUGUGAAAAGUGCUACUCCUAAUGUAAUGGUUUAUUGUGAAUUGGGUAGAUUACCAUUGCAAUGUGUGAGAAAAUUACGAAUUUUAAAAUAUUGGUUAAAACUUUUAUCAAAAAAAAAUUGCAUUUUGAAAUCAUGUUAUGACUAUAUGUGUGAUGAAAUGAGUAGUAAACAAAACUGUAAAAAUUGGGUAGUAAAUGUUAAAGGUAUUUUGUCAAAUGUUGGAUUGAUGAACCUAUGGUUAAAUCAAUGUACUUUGAAGCCACAAUACAUGUUUGCAAGUGCUAAGCAACAUAUUUUUGAUAAUAAACAAACAAUACUUUCUGAUAUCAACUCUUCCUCAAAAUGUAGAAUUUAUAAACAUUUGAUUGACCAUUUUACUUUGCAGUCCUACUUAACUAAAAGAAUUCCUAUGCAGUAUAAAAAACUUAUAUGUAAGUUAAGAUUAUCGUCUCACUGCCAAGUUAUUGAAACCAGUAGAUACAGAAAUGUUUCUUUAGAAAGACAUUUAUGUCCUUUAUGUACUUUAGAUGUAGAAGAUGAGUUUCAUUUUUUCUUUAAGUGUAUGUAUUACAGUUAUUUAAGAAUCAAAUUUUUGAAAAAGUAUUAUUAUAUCAGUCUUUAAAUUAAUUCAACUUUUAUAGACACAGCAUGUAAAGGAAUUGUGUGUUAACUUAGGUAGAUUUAUUAAGAAUUCCUUUCAAAUUACACCAAUGUAUAAGCACAAUUUCUAUUCUUUCUUGACCUUUAUAUGUUGUUUUUUUUUUGUUUUUUUUUUAGAUUUAUUACAUUGUAUACUAUGUCUAUAAGCUGUAUUUGCUUUUGACUAAUAAACAACAAUGAAAUUUUU